CAAUUUCCAAACUUCAUGUUGACAGAUGUUUUUCGACUUGUUCCUUUGGUUAUUAGCUCUAUUUCUGUCUAAUUCUAAACAUGGCCGCCUCUGUUGAUGACGAUAUUUUCGACUUUCUGUGUUCCAAAAUCAGUCAAGUAUUCUUCGGACGCACAGAAGGCGAUCGAUCUGUAAUAAAUCAAACAUUGAACAGUUUAAACGCAUUAAAUUACAGCACCCAAUUUGUACGCAAUCAAACCAAAGCCCUCCUAUUGAUUAACCAAUGUUGUUCCUUCAUACCUACAGAUGAUGGAGUGUUGAUACAAAAAUGUAAUCAAUUGUUAACCAAUUUAAUAAACAAGCAACAUGUAGUUGUUGAAGGAAGAACACUCACUGUUUCAAUACAGUGGUGCCUGCAAAGUUUAACACACAAUGACAGUGACGUCGUGUUAGAAGUCUUAAAAUCACUGGGCGCAUUAAUUACACCAUACAAAUCAAUAGAGCAAUAUGUUAUCGAUCAAGUAACAAGAACUGUGGACACAUUAUUAACUCAACAAAAUGGUCAUGACAUUAUCCUUUUGGCAACACAAGUUUUAGAGGCGUGUACGAAUGCUCCUAAAAUUGGUGCAAAGCCUGACCCACAAAAUUUCAAACCUCAUCUUCAAAUUGGUUCCAAAUGGUUUAUGUAUUAUUUAAACAAUAGACCAAUAAAUUGUGAUGAACUCAUUUAUUGCAAGAUUUUAUUUAAUUGUUUAAAUGGUCUAUAUAACAUAAUAAUACAAUAUACACCUUUCUUGAAUUCAGAAUUGGGUCUGAUAUUAGGAAUAAUCAAGACCUUCAUGUUGUAUGGAAUUAAAGGUGUAGAUUUUAUUCUACCUCAAAAACUAGUGCCUUCUACUUUAAGUGUUCCAGAAGUUCCAUCCUCAAGUAUAAGGGAGAAAAAAGGAGGAAAAUUAACUAAACAAAGAAAACACAGAUUUGUGGCCAACUAUAAAAAAGAGAUAAAAGAUUCGGAGGAUUUAGUUCCUGAUAAAAGAACUGGAAAUGAGUACACUCCUGCCUCAUGUUCUUUUGAUGCUGUCAUUUCACAUUACAGUUUAAAAAUCAACGAUUCUGAUUUCUCCGACUCAGAAACUGGAAAAUUGGCUAAGAUUAAUGCUGCCCAAGGUGGUGUGAGACAAGCAUCACUUAACUUAUUUCUUAGUGUUAUACAGUAUACUGAAAAAUCCAUAAUGUUUUCCUAUUGGUUAAGUUUUGUUCCUGAAGUAAAUUUUAAGGGGAAACACAAUCUUAUUUUUUCUAUUUUAAAAGAUCCAAGUUCAAAAGUUAGAAUGAUAGCUUUAAAUGCAUUGUCACAAUUUUUAACCAGUUCUAAAUUAUACUUGGCGCAGGCAGAAAUUAGUGAGAGCACAGCAUUCACGCCAUUUUCUCUAACACUGGGUUUAACCCUGGUGGAAUUACAUAAGAGUUUAAGUUUAGCGCUCAAUGAAAUAUCAAUACCUGUAUUAAUCCAAGUUUUAAAAUGUUUUGCUACAUUGGUUCAAGUCACACCAUAUCACAGGUUAUCAAAGGGUAUAAUUACUAAAGUUUUAAGGAAUAUUAAGCCGUUUAUUUAUCACAGAGAUGCAACAAUUCAAGUAACAGCAUUAAUAGUAUUAGGGUGCAUUUUGGCCUCUGAACCUGAAGUUCCCGAAACUAAGCAAGCUUUAUUGAAAAUGAUUCCUGAAAAAAAAACGGUAGAAGCAAACAAACAAAUAAAUCAAAAUAGAACGGAUGACAAGAAUAUUGAUUAUGUGGAAUUUUCUUCAGAUGAAGAUGAAAUAUCGUUUGAAAACAUUGAAGAGAAUCAUCGAUCUUGGCUAUUGGACAAGUGUUUGCAGAAUUUAGGUUUACAGCCACCCAAAAACGACUUAGAGGUUGAACCAGUUUUAGUAGCGCCUCCAAUUAAAUUGGAAUCGUUGCAAGUUAUGUCGGCGAUGAGUCGGAAUUACUUCAGUCUGAUGGCACCGCAUUUGCAUCUUAUCGUAAAAGUACUUGAAAUGGCAUUGAACGAUCGCUACAUGGAUCUACAAUUGCACGCCGGACGUACCGUAGAUUUUAUCGGCCAAGCCAUCAAUCGGUCCUUAAACAGUGAUGAAAAUGAUAUCGUAAGUGUAGAACAAUGUCUUCAAUUUUGGAUAACACUGUUGAACGGUCCAUUGUUAGGUCUCUUGCAGAACGAUGAACAUCUGGUAUUGCGGGCAGUCGGUUGUAAUUGCCUUGGCAGUAUCGGACCGCAAAUAUUCGAGCAACUACCUAGAGAUAAACAUAUUCUAUGCGUAACUUUAUUAUUUUCGUGCACGAGGGACAAGAAGAACGCUGUAAGAGGGGCAGCAAUUAGGUCCUUGGCCAUUUGCGUGCUGUAUCCAUCCCUUCGUGAAGAUAUGGGAUUUGUUGUGGACACGGCAGAAGCAAUAUACAGGUCGUUGAAAGAUGAUAAUUUAAUGGUCAGAAUCAAAGCGUCUUGGUCUUUGGGCAAUUUAAGUGAUGCUUUGGUGUUGAAUAAUACUAAAAUUCAUUCCGAUGAAGAUUUGCCCCCGAAUCUGCUUUUAAAAUUGCUCGAAUCCGGCAUUAAUGGGGCUCUAGAUAAUGAUAAGAUUAAAAUGAAUGCUGUGAGAGCUUUGGGCAAUUUGCUUCAUCUCAUAAAUGACGAUUUGAGCAAGGAGACCGUUUAUGAAUCUAUUGUAGAAAAUGCAUUUACCGCUUUGGUCAGAGGAUCAACAAAUGGUUCAAACAUGAAAGUUCGUUGGAAUGCAUGUUACGCCUUGGGGAAAGCUUUAAAAAACCCUUCUUUAUACAAAAUGUCUGUACAGUGGCAGGAGUCAGUAUUCAAUGCCUUAAUGGAUCUGGUUGUGGGUUUCUGGAAUUUCAAAGUUAGAAUAAACGCAGCAUUGGCUUUAAUGUCGCCGCCAACUCGUGAAGACUACGCACAGUUUUAUUGUCCAGUGUGGGUGUCAUUACUGAGUGCAUUGGAAAAUGCACAAAAUAUGCAUGACUACACUGAAUAUAAACACAGAGACGUUCUUAUUGAACAAAUUUCUUUAACAUUAUGCCAUUUGACUGAAAUAAUUAAGGUGGAAGAUUUGGACAAGUUGGCUGUUCAUCUUUCAGGAUGUGCUACAGAUUUAAAGGACAAAGUUCACAGGGUCCUGCAAAGACUGGUACCAGAGAAGACGUCAGUUUUGUUUAAUGUAACCGGUAGACUCGCAGCAAUUAAAGAAGAACCAAACGUGAAUGAAAAUGUUAUUACUCUUCUUCAGCAAAUAUUUGUACACAAUACAUGAAUUUUACUUAUUGACAAAUAUAACAAUAAAUUUGUUUACACUU